CGCCUGCGCGCUCGCUUUACCGGCGUCUGUACUGAAGCGGCAGCGACUCAUGAGUACGAAUCACACACGCAAAGCUAAGUAUUCUCCUUUUUAGCGGCGAUUGAAGAUUUAUCCAUCUGAGUUAUUCGUGCCGAAAUGUUGUGUUUAAGCGGGUUGUCGCUGGCUCUCGCGCUCGCUCUGCUGCCUGGUUCCGGUGAAGCCCUGAAAGAAGGAGAGUGUGAAGUGUGUGUGACCUUCCUCGGGAAGUUUUACCAGUCACUAAAGGACAAUGACGUAAAGUUCAGCAGCGCAGACAUCGAGAAGGCCAUCACAAAGAGCUGCAGAGAUGCUAAAGGCAAAGAAAACCGCUUUUGUUACUACAUCGGAGCAACAAGUGACGCAGCCACCAAGAUGAUCAACGAGGUGUCCAAGCCUCUCAGCUACCACGUCCCAGUGGACAAGAUCUGUGAGAAACUGAAGAAGAAGGACAGUCAGAUCUGUGAACUGAAAUACGACAAACAGCUGGACCUGACCACAGUGGACCUGAAAAAGCUUAAAGUGAAGGACCUGAAGAAGAUUCUGGAGGAGUGGGGCGAGUCCUGCAAAGGCUGCGCCGAAAAGUCUGACUUCAUCCGCAAAAUCACAGAGCUCAUGCCCAAGUACGCCCCUGCAGCCGCCCAAGCACGGACAGAUCUGUAAUGAGGAACAAAAACAAACAAAAAAACACAACCACACAACUUUGGACUUGACUUAGACCAGGCUGCUAUCCCGUGAGGAGGAGGAGGAGGAGGAGGACCAGGAGAGGAGAAGCGAAGCGGAGUUUUGUCUGACAUGUUUGUCUCUGGGUUUUGGAGCUGUAGACCUGAUCUGAUAGUCCUACACUGAUUCACAAGUAUAGAUUUGAGUGUAUGCACGUGAGGAUGAAGUCCUAUACAUUUACUUUUAAAUCAAGUGCAAGGGGAAUGAACAGUGUUCGCAACAGGCGUGGGGUGCAAGGUUGGGGAGGAAUUCACAGCACAGGAGCACUUACUGAAGGGGGCAUUUGAGCAUUGGGAGCAGGAUUUCUGUUGAUGUAGUUAAUACAUUUCACAGUACGUUUGCUGAAUAAGUGACGUUUGGCUACGUUCUCCAGAAAUGUCAGUAUAACCAAAUAGUCCACUGAUACAUUUGAAUGGAAAUGUCAUUGAGCAGUAAGCAGCUGUGCUGAAUCAGUCACUGUACAGCCUGCUGUUCACAGACACUACCACCACCCUACCACCACCCAGCCUCUGCCAACGCCACCCGACAAGAUCUUAAUGCCAAGAUGCGUUUUUUGUUGGAAAAACGUGUUUUGAAGAAUGUGUUUAAUUUCCUGUAGUGAUCCUCCAACUUUACCCCGAUUUCCACGACGUCCUGUCGAGGAGGUUGAGCGAGGGUGGAUGCUGAUCAACAUCCAUGACCAGUUCCCCAAACCGAGACUUAAAGGAAACGCUCUCUGUCUUUUUAAGCAACGCCGACAUGCCCACGUGCACAUUAGAAGAAUUACCGGUCGCUGCAGUUCCUCCUGUCCAUACCAGACGAGAGCUCCCUUUCUGAUGCGAUCCCGCUGUGAGAGACUGAGGACAAAAUCCAAAGUCCUGUUCUGUGCAAAAACAAUUCAAGACAAAUCAAGUGGAUGUCCAAAGCUGGACUCUUUUUAGUAUGAAAUUCCCUCUUUGUUUACGAAUUCUCCGCUGCAGGAAGAUACCCACUUGAUUUGUCUAACUGCUGAAGCCUCACAUUAACUUUUACAGGUAGGAUUAACUUUUAAAAUGAAUUUUUGCGCAGAAAAGGACUGUGUAUUUUGUCCCCAAUCGCUUACAUGGUAAUAACGUUAGGAAGGGAUCUCUUAAUGGCCGGUAUGAACAGGAGGAAUGAUUGCAGCAACCAAAAACGUUUCGAAGUGUACACGUGAGUGUUGUAUUAAGAUGAACUUGAAAAUGAAGCUAUCCUUUAAGGCCGAAGUUAAUGUAAAAAAAAAAAGUCCAUGGCCACUCUCCUGCAGAGACAUUCAGAUCUCCAGCACUCUUCCCCCCUUUUUAACCUCCAGUUUAGUCAUUUUGUUUCAAUUUACAGUUAACAAGGUCGCCCGUAUUCCAACCCAGAGCCAGUCAAAUGAAUUGUGCAGUUAUUAAAGAAUGAAAUAAACGAGCUACUUCUGUUUGUUCUUAUCCCGGACACUUGUCAGAUUGACGCUUUUUGCAGGACGGCAGCAGCCCGUGGCCUGGCCGGUAAUCCACAACGAGUUAACCUUUUUAUAUGGAAAUGGCCCCCCCCGAAUACUCAGCACUGCAAAUAAUUAGCGUCUUCUGCCAGAAAAAUGCAGUUCCUUCAUAACAAAUACUCAGAGGGCGUGGAGUAUGGGUGACUUAAGUACAUUUUGCUGGUCUUUGACACAGGAAGGUACACCAAUCUAACUUUUUUUUUUUUUCAAAGUAAGAAAUAUUGAGGUAAGAUAUUUAUUGAAGAUUUUUUAAAUUAAAAGAUGUACCUUCUGUACCCCGAUGGUUUCUGUAGUGCUGCUGUACGUGUUGCGAACAUUGUAACUCUCGGCUCUCCUGCCGUCCACCUUCCGCUUCCAAGCAGCGCCGGGAUCGCUUGCGGUAUAAUCCAGUCAGGAGUUGGAUGAGUGUUGAAAUUUAAAAUAAAAAUAAGAAAUUUGACUGUGGGUGAACUCACUCGCACACCUGUGUCACUAAUUCAGCUUUGCAAGAACAUUUAUGGUUCCUGAACAUGGAGGGAAACAAUUAUAUAUAAUAUAUGUGUAUGUAUAUAUAUAUAUAUAUAUAUAUAUAUAUAUAUAUAUUGUAUUUUCUUCCACAUGUUGCAGUGACAGGUGAAACUGAGCUGCCCCCCCGGACUGUUGUCUUUCAGAAGGGAUCCAGAUUUUAUAGUUUGAUGUAAACAGUGUGUACUUAAAAAACAAACAAACAUGAUUAAAGGUUUGUGAUGCUUGAGACUUGAUUAUGGGAAAUGAAAACUUAAAAUACGCUGUUGUUUCACAUUGACCUUUUCAUGUAAGGCCUAGGCAUUUGUUACAACUGUACUAUUCAACUUUCUCAUUAAAAUACGAAAAAUGUC